AUGACCUUGCAGGAUCAGAAGCAUCGGAUUGAGCGCGAUACGUUCGGUGAACUCCAGGUCCCUGCAGAUCGCUACUGGGGGGCGCAGACUCAGCGUUCUCUGCAAAACUUCGACAUUGGCGGUCCCACUGAGCGCCUUCCUCCUCCCCUGAUCAAGGCGUUUGGCGUUCUUAAGAAGGCAUCCGCUGUGGUUAACGAAACCUACGGGUUGAAUCCCAAGAUUGGCGAUGCUAUUCAAAAGGCUGCAGAUGAGGUCAUCUCGGGCAAGCUCAUCGACCACUUCCCCCUGGUCGUUUUCCAGACCGGUAGCGGAACACAGAGCAAUAUGAACGUCAACGAGGUCAUCUCGAACCGUGCUAUUGAGAUGCUCGGAGGUGAGCUUGGCUCGAAGAAGCCUGUCCAUCCCAACGAUCAUGUGAACAUGAGCCAAAGUAGCAAUGAUACGUUCCCCACGGCCAUGCACAUUGCCGCCGUUACGGAGAUCACUCAUUCUUUGCUGCCUGCCUUGACUGAGCUGAGGGAUGCGCUCGAGGUCAAGUCGAAAGAAUUUGCACACAUCAUUAAAAUUGGUCGCACGCACUUGCAGGACGCAACUCCAUUGACUCUUGGACAAGAGUUCAGCGGAUACGUCCAGCAAGUGACGAAUGGCAUUGAACGAGUAAAGGCUGUUCUUCCGCGUCUCAGCUUGCUUGCGCAGGGUGGUACCGCUGUCGGAACCGGCCUGAAUACGAAGAAGGGCUUCGAUGUGAAGGUCGCCGCUGAGAUCUCGAAGAUCACUGGUCUUGAGUUCAAGACCGCGCCUAACAAGUUCGAAGCGCUUGCGGCCCAUGAUGCACUUGUCGAGGCGCACGGUGCCUUGAAUGUCAUUGCUUGCUCGUUCAUGAAGAUUGCCAACGACAUUCGAUUCCUCGCAUCUGGCCCUCGUUGUGGAUUCGGCGAGCUUGCGCUGCCAGAGAACGAGCCUGGUAGCAGUAUCAUGCCUGGCAAGGUCAACCCCACCCAGUGUGAGGCGUUGACUAUGGUUGCGGCGCAGGUUAUUGGCAAUCAGACUGUAGUCAGUGUUGCUGGUGCUAGCGGACAGUUCGAGUUGAACGUCUUCAAGCCGGUUAUCAUCAAGAACGUUCUGCAGAGCAUUCGUCUGCUUGCUGACGGCUCGCGCUCAUUCACGAAGAACUGCGUCGUCGGCAUCAAGGCAAACGAGAAGCGCAUUAAUCAGCUGCUCCACGAGUCGCUCAUGUUGGCUACCAUCCUCAACAAGACCCUUGGCUAUGACAAUGUCGCCAAGUGCGCGAAGAAGGCGCACAAGGAGGGCACGACAUUGAAGGAGGCGACAGUGGCGCUAGGAUUCCUGACGCCAGAGGAGUUUGACGAGAAGGUUCGUCCGGAGCUCAUGUUGGGCCCGGACGAGGCAUAG